AUGAAAAAUUCUCAAGCAACUCCUGUGCGUCGAUCCAUCACUAUGCAAUCUAGAAUGUUGCAAAAAAGCGAAAGAACUCUUCUGCCUUAAGAAGAUAUCUUGAAGGAGAAGGUGAAAUCGGAUUUUGCUCUGGGACAUUUUAGAGGGUUGAUGAGUAGAAAGACACCUUAAAAAGAGUUGCCGAAAAGUGAGAUCUAGUUGAAGAGAUUCGAGCAAUUUGGAAAGGCUAAUUAGCAAUCCAAGAAUAAAAGAUUGACAUUCUUAAAAUAUGGAUUCAGAUCGCAUGAGAAGAAGAAUAAUUAUUAUCUUCAACCCUUCAUUCGAAAGGUUAGGGAAGCUGAAGGAGAUGUUGCGAAUGAUGGGUCUAUGGGAGUAGUCGAUUUGUGGAGUGAUAGAUGCAUAAACAAAUUGAUGGAAGGAAUGCACAUGACGAGAGACAAUCUAAUCGUCAGAAAAAUGGGGAGAGAACUAAAUGACAGUGAUUAAUAGAUGAAGUAAAAAUUAGAGGAGAGGAGGAUGAAAGACAAGAUUCUCAUUGAGUCCAUGAGGAUGGCUUCGUAAGAUGCUGAUACCUUUGCUUUUAAAUUUCAAUUGCCUUCAAAGAACAAAAAAAUUGUUGAGCGUAUUGCUUAACCAACUAUUGUUAGCACGCUCAGAAAUAAUAUCAGUCCGAAUGAGAAAAUAUC